CGGCGCCCCACGCCUCCAGUCCUCCGCUGCAGCCACCCACCGAGCUGCGCCCCAGCUCUGCGCCCUGGGGCUCGGGGACCCCCGGGGCCCCCACUCUCGGGUUGGGCCAUGGCGGCAGGUGAGAACACAGUCGCUCCAGGCCCGUGGGGCUCCCGUCUCCCUCCCUGGGCUCCGCGGAGGAGGGCAGACGGCUCUGGACCCAACUUCAGGAUCGCGGAGGUGGGAGGACGCAGGGCUGUUGGGUUGCUGGACUUAGCUUAGGAACAAGGGUACUUGAGUCUGCUUAAAAGACACGAAAACUUGGGUUUUGUGGGCUUCCCUGGAAACCUAGAGGGGCGCUCUUUAAGAACGUUAGCUGGGUCGUGAGGCCCUGAUGUCACCAGUAGAGUCGGAAGGUCAGAAACCCCUAAAAAAGACUGUCGGGUUGGCAUGAUGUCAUUGCAGGCCUUUACAGAAAAGAUUGCGAUCUCCGCAGUCGGGAGCCAGCACGGGUGGGGCCUUUAAAGGGGAUUCGGGAGCAGUCUGCGAUGCAGUGAGUGAGGGGGGGGCCAUGGCGGAGGAGCGGCCCCCCCGGCUGGUGGAUUACUUCGUGGUAGCCGGGCUUUCGGGGAGCGGAGCACCCAUCCCUGAGGAGCCGUGGGUUCCCGAGCCCAGCGGGCCCCUGCGCCCUCCGCGGCCGGCCGAUCCCAUCACGGAUGUGGCGGUCAUUGCCAGGGCCCUGGGCGAGGAGGUGCCCCAGGGUUACACCUGCAUCCAGACCUCUGCUGGGGGCCACCCCUUGGAACUCAGCGCCGGGCUCCUGGGUGGAACUCAGCCUGUCAUCUGUUACCGCAGGGGCCGUGACAAGCCCCCUCUGGUGGAGCUGGGGGUGCUGUACGAGGGGAAGGAGCGACCCAAGCCCGGCUUCCGAGUGCUAGACACGACGCCCUACAGCCACUCGGCCAAUCUAGCCCCUCCCGGCCCGGGGCACCCCCGCACCUACCUCACUUACCGGCGGGCAGCAGAGGGGGCAGGGCUGCACGCCCUGGGCAUCACUGACCUCUGCCUGGUGCUGCCCAGCAAGGGCGAGGGCACCCCUCACACCUACUGCCGACUGCCCCGCAACCUCAACCCUGGCAUGUGGGGUCCAGCGGUGCACCUGUGCUACAAGGUGGGCCUGGCCAAGGCCAACACACUGGUGUACGAGGCAGAGCUGCUGGGCCGCUACCCGGAGGAGGACAAUGAGGCCUUCCCGCUGCCCGAGUCGGUGCCCGUCUUCUGCCUGCCCAUGGGGGCCACUGUCGAGUGCUGGCCUGCCCAGACCAAGUACCCCGUGCCCGUCUUUUCCACCUUCGUGCUCACGGGCGCAGCUGGAGACAAGGUGUACGGGGCUGCCCUGCAGUUCUACGAGGCGUUCCCGAGGGCCAGGCUGUCGGAGCGGCAAGCACGGGCCCUGGGCCUCUUGAGUGCGGUGGAGCGCGGCCGGGCGCUGGGGGGCCGGGCCGUACGCAGCCGCCGCGCCAUUGCUGUGCUGUCCCGCUGGCCUGCCUUCCCGGCCUUCCGAGCCUUCCUCACUUUCCUCUACCGCUACUCCGUCUCGGGCCCCCACCGCCUGCCCUUGGAAGCGCACAUCUCUCACUUCAUUCACAACGUCCCCUUCCCCUCCCCGCAGAGGCCUCGCAUCCUGGUACAGAUGUCUCCUUAUGACAACCUGCUUCUCUGCCAGCCCGUGUCCUCACCCCUGCCCCUCAGUGGUGCCAGCUUCUUGCAGCUGCUGCAGAGCCUAGGCCCGGAGCUGGCCGUCACCCUGCUGCUGGCCGUGCUCACGGAGCACAAGCUGCUGGUGCACUCGCUGCGGCCGGACCUGCUCACCAGCGUCUGCGAGGCCCUGGUGUCGAUGAUCUUCCCGCUACACUGGCAGUGCCCCUACAUUCCGCUGUGCCCGCUGGCGCUGGCGGACGUGCUGAACGCCCCCGUGCCCUUCAUCGUGGGCAUCCACUCCAGCUACUUCGAUCUACAUGACCCACCUGCUGACGUCAUCUGCGUGGAUCUCGACACCAACACGCUGUUCCAGACUGAGGAGAAGAAGCCCCUCUCCCCUCGGACCCUGCCCCGCAGACCCUACAAGGUUCUGCUGGCUACACUGACACACCUCUACCAGCAGCUGGACCAGACGUACACUGGCCCCGAGGAAGAGGCGUCCUUGGAGUUCCUGCUGACGGACUACGAGGCCGUGUGCGGCCGCCGGGCCCGGCUGGAGCGCGAAGUCCAGGGAGCCUUUCUCCGCUUCAUGGCGUGUCUGCUCAAGGGCUACCGGGACUUCCUGCGCCCCCUCACCCAGGCCCCCUCCGAGGGCGCUCGAGAUGUCGACAACCUCUUCUUUUUGCAGGGUAGUCGGGGCGUCUCGGGAGGGCUGUCCGGGGGCUGGGGGUCCCGGAGCCGCUUGCUCGCUCGUUCCUUCACUCGGCAAACGUCUCAGUGGGCACAGGCUUCCUCAAGUCCCGGGAGCGCUCCAGCCACAAGCUGUACUGCCAGCUGCUGCGCACACAGAUGUUCUCGCAGUUCAUCGAGGAGUGCUCCUUCGGCUCCGCCCGGCACGCCGCCCUGGAGUUCUUUGACUCGUGCGUGGACAAGGUGCACCCAGAGCAGGACAAGCCUGAGCCGACGCCCUUGGUGGAGCUGGAGGAGCUGUCGGGGAGCGAGCUCACCGUCUUUAUCACCCCUCCCGAGGAGCCCCCAGCACCAGAGGGCAGUGAAUCCGCCCCCCAGUACUGCUACGACGGCUUCCCAGAGCUACGGGCCGAGCUGUUUGAGUCUCCUCAGGAGCAGCCCGGGGCUCUGCCCGUGCCGGGCCCGACCCGCAGUGCCCCCAACAGCCCUGCCCCCCGCCGUACCAAACAGGCGUCCCCGCCCCAUCCAGGAGAUGAAGGUGGCCCAGCGGAUGGCGCAGAAGUCGGCGGCCGUGCCCGAGCUGUGGGCCCGGUGUCUGCUGGGGCACUGCUACGGGCUGUGGUUCCUGUGUCUGCCCGCCUACGUGCGGUCGGCGCCCUCCCGCGUGCAGGCUCUGCACACGGCCUACCACGUGCUGCGCCAGAUGGAGAGCCGCAAGGUGGUGCUGCCGGACGAGGUGUGUUACAGGGUGCUGAUGCAGCUGUGCUCCCACUACGGGCAGCCCGUGCUGUCGGUGCGAGUCAUGCUGGAGAUGCGGAGGGCCGGUGUCGUGCCCAACACCAUCACCUACGGCUACUACAACAAGGCUGUGCUGGAAAGCAAGUGGCUGUCUGGUACGCCGGGCGGACGCCUGCGCUGGGCCAAGCUCCGGAACGUUGUCCUGGGGGCCGCUCAGUUCCGCCAGCCCCUGAGGGAACGGCGGCGGCGGCAGCAGCAGCAGGCGGCAGCGCCAGAGGCAGGCGGUGCCCAGACAGAGCCUCGUCUGGAGCGUCACUCCCCUACCCGCCCGCUUCAGCGCCAGACCACUUGGGCUGGUCGAAGCUUUCGGGACCCAGCUUCACCCACAGGGCGCCUGGUGAAAAGCGGCAGCCUGGGCAGUGCCCGCGGGGCCCAGCCCACCGUGGAGGCCGGCGUGGCCCACAUGAUCGAGGCCUUGGGGGUCCUGGAGCCCCGGGGGUCCCCUGUGCCCUGGCGAGACGGAAGCCUCUCCGACCUGAGCUUGACCGGGGAGGAGCCGGCGCCUGGGGGCAGCCCGGAGGACUCGGGCUCUGCCCUGAGCACCCAGUCCACUGAGGCCCCGGAAGGGCUGAGUGGGCGGACGCCCAAGGCUGGUGGGCGUCAGGACGAGGCCCGCACCCCCAGACGAGGGCUGGGCACCCGCCUGCAGCAGCUGCUCACCCCUUCCCGCCGCCCCCCUGCCUCGCGCGGCCCCCCGCCCGAGCUGCCCCCUGACCCACCUCCCCCAGCCCGCCGCAGCCCCAUGGACAGCCUCCUGCGCCCCCGCGAGCGCCCUGGAUCCACUGCCUCUGAGAGCUCAGCCUCUCUGGGCAGCGAGUGGGACCUCUCCGAGUCUUCUCUCAGUAGCCUGAGCCUUCGCCGGUCCUCAGAGCGCCUCAGUGACACCCCUGGGUCCUUGCAGCCGCCCUCCCUGGAAAUCCUGCUGUCCAGCUGCUCCCUGUGCCGGGCCUGUGACUCGCUGGUGUACGACGAGGAGAUCAUGGCUGGCUGGGCACCUGAUGACUCCAACCUCAACACCGUCUGCCCUUUCUGCGCCUGCCCCUUCGUGCCCCUGCUCAGCGUCCAGACCCUGGAUUCCAGACCCAGGGCCCCCAGCCCCAAGCCUGCCCCUGCCGGUGGCAGCAGAGACGCUCCUGUCCCCGGGGGCCCAGGCCCUGUGCUCAGUGACCGCAGGCUGUGCCUCGCCCUGGAUGAGCCCCAGCUCUGCAAUGGGCACACGGGGGGUACCUCCCAGCGGGUGGAGGCUGGGGCCUGGGCGUAUCUGAGCCCUCUGGUGCUGCGGAAGGAGCUGGAGUCGCUGGUGGAGAACGAGGGCAGUGAGGUGCUGGCAUUGCCUGAGCUGCCGGCUGCCCACCCCAUCAUCUUCUGGAACCUUCUGUGGUAUUUCCAGCGGCUGCGGCUGCCCAGUAUUCUGCCCUGCCUGGUGCUGGCCUCCUGUGAUGGGCCCCCACCCCCCCAGGCCCCGUCUCCCUGGCUGACACCUGACCCGGCGUCUGUGCAGGUGCGGCUGCUGUGGGAUGUCCUGACCCCUGACCCCAGUAGCUGCCCACCUCUCUAUGUGCUCUGGAGGGUCCACAGCCAGAUCCCGCAGCGGGUGGUAUGGCCGGGCCCCGUGCCCGCACCCCUUAGCAUGGACCUGCUAGAGUCGGUGUUGCGCUAUGUUGGUCUCAGCGAAGUACACAAAGCCGUGGGGCUCCUGCUGGAAACUCUGGGGCCGCCUCCCACAGGCCUGCAUCUGCAGAGGGGCAUCUACCGUGAGAUCUUAUUCCUGACAAUGGCCGCUCUGGGCAAGGACCACAUGGACAUAGUGACCUUCGACAAGAGGUACAAGUCUGCCUUUAACAAGUUGGCCAGCAGCAUGGGCAAGGAGGAGCUGAGGCAGCGGCGGGCACAGAUGCCCACUGCGAAGGCCAUCGAUUGCCGGAAAUGUUUCGGAGCACUUCUGGAAUGCUAGGGACCCUUAAGCUUUUGUCUCCCACCUGGGGUGGGGAGGUGAGGGAGAAAGGGUUCCAGAGAUAACCUGCUUCCCUACUCCUUCCAUACAGGAGUUGGGGACGGCCUGGGAGGCAGGCCCAGCCAUAGGCACCGAGUGCAUGGGCAGCAGGAAGCGGGACCCCCUGUGACCAAAAGUCACAGUCCCCUAUCUGCGGCCUGCCCAGUGUGCUCACGCUGAUGUUAUAGGAGGUGGGGGUGGUGUAGGGGAGUUGGCACAGUUCUGCUCUUCCCCAAAUUGUACCAGGAACUCUCCUCCAGGGCACCCACAGAUCUGCACCGCCCUGGUCACGUUACAAGUUUUUGUUUUAAAAAACAACUGGAAAAAUACAGAGCUACUGAGCCUUUGCCCUGAAUGGGAGGGAGGGAUGUCAUCCCACCAGUGAUGGUUCUUCUUCCCCAGAAUUGCCGAAGUAGCCCGAGGCUCUCCGUUACACCUUCCUACCUUAGUGUUUGUAUUUUAAGUUAUUUAUUUUGGAGCCAUAGCCCCUUGCUUAGGAGGCUCUUAGGGAUGGUGAGAAAGAGAAGGGACACGGGGCACCAUGGUUCAGUGGCUUGUAGCUGCGGAAGAGGCAGGGGCCAUCUAGAGGAGCCCCAGACCCCCCUCAGGAAGAACUAAAGCCCCGUCCAGUCCAGUCCUUCCCGCCCAGGGCCCGGACCGUGCAAUAAGGGUCGUUCCUUGCAAAGUUUUGUUGGAUGUAAAUAUAGUAAAAGCUGCUUCUGUCUUUUUC